AUGCUGUUACUGAACGACCAGUUGAAGAGCGGGUACGGUUUGGUUUAUGGGUUGGGAACGCUGUCAGCAUGGCCACUGGCCUUUAAAGACGUCACGCAUUGCUUCAAGCCAGUCCGCCACACCCACCAAAAGUACCCCGAGCCCAGGAACAGGACUCCGGUCCUCGACAACAGUUUUUUUUUUUGUGGGGCGACGUUCAAACGGGAGUGGCGUUUGAAAGAGCACGAGACCGUGUACACAGGAGCACAACCUUUUCAAUGCGAAGUGGCUGAAUGUGGCCGUCGUUUCUCACCGAAAUCUCACCUGAGCCGCCACACCUGGGUUACCGUUGCCCACAGCCUGAAUGCAAUCAUUUUGAGCAAACCUGGGCCACAUUCACCUGUAAAGCUGUGCCAGAAGGUGUUUAAGCAUGUGGACUCUCUGCGUAGACACAAGCGGACCCACGCCCUGCAGAAGCCUGUCCUGCUCUGCCCCAGCAGUGGCUGCAAGUCCUACUUCUCCACUACCUUCAACCUGCAGCACCACAUCCGCAAGGCCCACCUGCAGCUCCUCAAGUACCAUUGCUACUUCCCCGACUGCCACAGGACCUUUGCCAUGCGGGAGAGCCUAAGCAGACACCUGGCUCACCACGACCCAGAUGCCAACCCUGAGAAGCAGAAGCACAAGCGACCCAAGAAGGACUGGCAGAAGCGUCUGGAAGGUCACCAGCUGCCCCUGAUGGAGGACGACCUGCGGCGCCUCUUCGCAUUGCGCAUGAGGGUGUCACGACGGGCCACGGUGGAGGUUAACCUCUCAGGCCUCUUCAACGAGCGCAAGAUCCCUCACUUUGUGGAAUCGGAGGUCAACCUGUGUGACCUCUUCAGCCUCAAGCCUCCUUCCCUGCAGAGCGAGGCCCUGUGGAGGUCACACAGCCAGAGAUCACUGUGGUCAAGGGUUUAACUUGUUGUCUGAAAGUGCCGUAGUACUAUAUUGAGGUUAAAUUGUAAAUACUAGUGAAGUACCAUUGCUCUCUUAGUUGCACUAAACUGAGAUCUUGAAUGAUUUUUUUAAUGGUACAUAUAAAGCUAUUUGUCUCAUUGUUUUCCUGUAUAGAAGCACUUGAGUUUUGUUUGCAUCCUUUGCCUGAUCAGACCUGACCCAAUAUAAAUAAAUAAUUUGAAGUUGUUUGUCUAAAUGUUCAGGGAAGAUGGGUUUGUGCCACCUAGUUUCUCUCCGACUAAAUCAGUAAUGACCUGUCAGGGUGAUCAAUCACCCUGCAUCAGUCCUUAGUGUAAAUACGGCUUGGGUCGUGUCCUUUGAUUAGAGGGAGGUAAUGACUCGGUUGCAUUUUAAUGAUGCCAAGGAAUGCAACCGGAACCAGCGAAGCAAAUUUUGGCACAAACCAUUUCGUGUGAUGUCAGUAUACAGACCUAGUGCCAUAGUGGGUGUGCAGGUUGACUUGCAUUGACGUGAACUUUUCCUGACCUAUGAGUGAUGAGUCCCCCACCAUUGAUUCUUCAAAGUGCAGGGCUCUGCUCAGGCACCAGGUCCACGUCACUAGAUGACUCCUCAAUCCAAACCCCCGGUAGAGGGGGAGAGCUGAGAACUGGCAGUACAAAAUUGUCAGCUUUACAAUUGGUGUGUCUUUUGAAAGACUGCAGAAUAAUUUAAGUCUGACCAGUGACGGCUUGUAUCAAACAUUUCUUCCAUCAGUCUCUGCCCCUAUCUGCCACUUCAACUGAAUUGCUCUGUAAUGUGGAUGGCUUUCUAGUGUUUGUUCCAUCAGAACUCUGUAUGACUUCAGCUGACUGCUAAUGGCUAGUCUGCUGUGUUGCUGCCUACAGAGUGCGCUCUGUGAUUCAAUCAGUUUCC